AUGUAUUUCUGUGAUGCUCCACCGUCUGAUUCGGGCUCCGCCGCCAUGACCUUUCUAACGGAGAACGGUUCGAGUUUGUGGGAGCGCAACGCGGGGCUGUGCGGGUACCGGGGCCUGCGCUACCCAGAGCAGCAUCCCCUUCCCCGGGAGAGGUGGACUUCGUACCAGGCGGGGAGUUCCAUCACCUCGCAGCCGCCACCUUGCGUCCACUUGCCGGGAGAUUUGUACCGCCAGCGUGCAGGCCUCUUCCCGGAGUCCAUGACCCCGGCUGAUCCGAUGUGUUUUACGCACGGAGGAACCGGCGUCGGCGGCUUGCAUGUGGUACCGGGUCUGCAUCUCGACUCCUGUGAGGUACCGGUACCGGAGAGAAGCGCGAUGCACGACCCGGGCUCUCGUCUCCUCAUCCCCCGGGAAGAAGGCGAGGCAGCGCCGGGCAGACAGCGAGAAAAGCGGCGGAGUGCAGCCGAGUGGACGAAGGGGGACAGCGGGGAGAGCAGCCGGGUCAGGCCGGGGUGCGAGUACACAGAGGCCGGGAAUGAGGACCAGGGGGAGGCUAGUUCAUGCAGCAGAACCACGGGAGGGUUCGGUUGCGGCCCGAGAAGACGCAAGAAACGUCGCCCUCACUCCAAGCAGCAGAUCCGAGAGUUGGAGAACGAAUUCCGGCUCAACGUUUACGUCAACAAGCAGAGACGCAUGCAGCUGUCUCGUCUCCUGCACCUCACUGACCGGAAGCAGCAGAGCAGCCUGACCUCGUGCAUCAUCUUGUUAUACUGCUGA